AUGACCCCACCGAACCUACAGAGCAGAGGCAUUUUUCCACCAGAACUUGUGGACUCUAUCAUCGACCACAACCACUCCGACCCACCAACGUUGAUGGCCUGCGCCCUCGUCUCAAACAAUUGGGUCCCUAGCAGCAGAUAUCACCUUUUUUCGACUGUUGCUAUAUCCCACACCAAUGCUCGCGAAUUUAUCGAACUUUUGUCUUCUCCAUUGUGCACCAUAUCAACAGCGGUUCAAGGCAUGGAUGUCCAAUUUGUCCCUGGUUCCCAACGCUGGUUCGCUGAGUUUACACGACGUAUGAACUCACUCAAUAAAAUCACCAUUCAAUCGCUUGGAAUUUUGGGCUCCGGCAACACCGUUAUUCGCGAGGAGGUGCAGACAGCUAUACCAGCAUUAGCACCCCAAACAAAAAUCUUUAACGUCGGCCCUAGUGUAAUCUUCGGCACAUUCUCGCAAUUCGCUAAGCUUCUCUGUACCUUCGAUACCUUGGAGUCGCUGUCGUGCGGCUGCACAUUUCAAAACAAGGAUCGCGCCCAUGGGCUUCGAUUCAAAUCGCCCUUGCGCCAGGUCCACCUCGUAACCCCAGCAAUCAAGGCCGUUUCAGAAUUUCUGCUGGCACAGGGCGUGCUUCCCACUGUGUCCUCUCUUUCACUGUCGCACCUUGUCUCGGAUGACUACCCCACCCUCACUACCUUUCUGGCGAUCCCAAAUGAUAACCUCCAAUCCUUGGCCAUCAAAAUGAAUACCAGCUUCUCCGGGACCACCCUAGACUCGUUCACGGAGGCCGUCAAGCUGACACAACUCAAGGCUCUACUCAACUUGUCCAUCGAAACCGACCCGAAACUAUCACCCGAACAGGUCUCUCGCUUGUUGGAGCAAAUUACUUCAGAUAACCUCAAGAGUGUGGAGAUCACCAUGGCUCUGGAACAAGGGGCGGGCAGGGUGGACGUUCUGCUGAGUGGGAAGUUCCCAUUACUUACCAAGGUGAAGAUCGUGGGAUCUGCAUGGGGUGACGCGCGCCAAUUUUUGCCGCGCUGCAAUGCGAAGAAUAUUUUGCAGGAGUAA